AUCAUAAGAAAGCUUAAGUUUUGGAUUGCGAUGGAGGGGGCUGUAAUUAGAGGCUUUGUGCCUGUUUUUCCGGCCGCGAUUGCGGUGGCGGUGGUGGCGGUGUUGGUCCAUUUGUACUUCUAUAGUGCAUGGAGGAAGACGGCGGAGCUGAGGAGGAAGCUGGGAGAACAGGGCGUGAUGGGUCCGCCACCGUCGGCUCUGUUUGGUAACUUGCCGGAGAUGAAGAAGAUCCAGUUGGAAGCAGCAGCCAUGGCUCCUCCGCCGCGUCAUGCGUCGGCGAUUGUGGCUCAUGAUUAUACAUCCACCGUCUUCCCUUAUUUCUUUAAGUGGAGGAAGCAAUAGGGUAUUUGGCUAAUACCCACUCCAAUUG